UCAGACAAAUUAACAAAAAUGUUUAACUCAAUAAUUAUCAGUCUAUCCCCUAUUUUCCUCCUAUUUUUAAUUUUACAAAAUUCUGAUUCAGCGAAACAAUGUUACUCUGGACAGAACAAACGUUAUGUCCAAAAACAAUGUUCUAGUGGAAGCUUGGAUAUUGACUAUGUGUGUCAUAAAUAUUCUUGCGAAGAAGGAAGAUCUCCUUUUGUUCUACGUACAUGCGCACCCAAAUCUGCAGUUAAAUGCAAUGCUGGUUCAAGGAUUUGUCUAUUUUCAAAAGGAAAAGGAAAAUGUCAUGUGUGUGAUAAAGAUUUUUGUAAUGAUUAA